UCCGGUCGGAGCGCUCCGCUUCCUGUGAAGCUGUGUUUCAUAAACCCGAAACGUUGAGAAAAGGAAAGAUGCUCUCCUUGUCUCGAUCAGUGGUGUGUGGGGUCGUACGUGCCCCUGCCGCUGCCAGCCAAGGCUGCGUGACAGCAAUCACUAGAUUCAACAGCACAGCACAGGCUGCACCUAAGAAGACAAAAUUUGGACCACUGGCAGAUGAGGACAGAAUAUUUACAAACCUUUAUGGCCGUCAUGACUGGAGGUUGAAGGGAGCCCAGAAGCGUGGCGACUGGUACAAAACCAAGGAGAUUCUUUUGAAGGGAGUUGACUGGAUUCUCAAUGAGAUCAAAGUUUCUGGGCUGCGUGGGAGAGGUGGAGCCGGUUUCCCUACUGGCAUGAAGUGGAGCUUCAUGAACAAGCCCAGUGAUGGCAGGCCUAAGUAUCUGGUUGUGAAUGCUGAUGAGGGAGAACCAGGCACCUGCAAGGACAGGGAGAUCAUGAGGAAUGAUCCCCACAAGCUGGUAGAGGGCUGCCUGGUUGCUGGGAGGGCCAUGGGAGCACGUGCUGCUUAUAUUUACAUUAGAGGAGAGUUCUACAACGAGUCAUCCAAUCUACAGGUGGCCAUCAAUGAGGCUUACGCUGCUGGGCUAAUUGGAAAGAAUGCCUGUGGCACCGACUAUGACUUUGAUGUGUUUGUGAUGCGCGGUGCGGGAGCUUACAUCUGUGGAGAGGAGACUGCUCUCAUAGAGUCUCUGGAGGGCAAGCAAGGGAAGCCCCGCCUGAAGCCCCCCUUCCCUGCUGAUGUGGGUGUGUUCGGUUGCCCAACAACUGUUGCCAACGUGGAGACCGUCGCUGUGGCACCCACCAUCUGCCGUCGUGGCGGCUCGUGGUUUUUGGGCUUCGGAAGGGAGAGGAACUCGGGAACAAAGCUCUUCAACAUCUCUGGCCAUGUCAACCACCCGUGCACCAUAGAGGAGGAGAUGUCGAUCCCUUUGAAGGAACUCAUCGAGAGACAUGCAGAUUUAGACAGCUCAAUGUACACACAAGUCCAGCUUCCUUUUAUUCGUGUUUUAAAUGAGGCCACCAACUAUCUGGCAGGUGGCGUGCGUGGAGGUUGGGAUAACCUGCUGGCUAUCAUCCCCGGUGGAUCCUCAACUCCUCUCAUUCCCAAGAACGUUUGUGAAGAAGUGCUGAUGGACUUUGAUGGCCUCAUUCAGGCGCAGACUGGACUGGGCACCGCUGCUAUAAUCGUCAUGGACAAAUCUACCGACAUCAUCAGAGCCAUCGCCCGCCUGAUUGAGUUCUACAAGCAUGAGAGUUGUGGCCAGUGCACCCCAUGCAGGGAGGGAGUGGACUGGAUGAAUAACAUGAUGUGGCGUUUUGUCCGCGGUGAUGCGCGCCCAUCAGAGAUCGACAUGAUUUGGGAGCUCAGUAAGCAGAUUGAGGGACACACGAUCUGUGCCCUGGGUGAUGGUGCAGCAUGGCCUGUGCAGGGGUUGAUCCGGCACUUCAGGCCUGUGAUGGAAAGCCGAAUUGCUGAUUACCAGCAGCAGCAGCAGGCCAGAGCUUAGAUGGCCACUUUUACCUUCUUGAACUAUACUUUCUGCCUCAUAUGCCCUUAACCCGGUGCUCCUUUCAUUCACAACUUAUUUAAAUGAUCAAAUAAUGUGCCGUGUUGUCACCUCAUCAUCAAGCUUUGCAUUGAUGUCUGCCUUGUUGGGUAAAAAUACAAAUAAAGUUCUAUUACCUGAAAAUGAUGUUUGAGUUGAAGGCUGGACUUGUUCAAGUUGGUACUGCUGCUGGAAUGUUACUGUUCUUUGUGUAUUUUACAGAUUGUUCUCAACAUAAGUGUGAAGGCUUCACACAUUCAAAAUAAACAUAAGCAUGUGCUUUACAAGUACUUAACAACAAAGUGUUAACAUAAUUUGGUUUCCUUGAAAGAAUUAAUAUAAAAGUACUGAACUGAGUCAAAUUCAAAUCACCUAUUUAUUAUGAGUGUCAACAAGUAUAACUUCAUAUAUGAGAAAUGAUUUUGUGGAAAAAUAGCCUUUGUUCAGCGUCAAGCCUUAAGAAAAAUGUACAUAUUCAUAUUUAUGUUGCAUUGUACCAUUUUGUCUGAUAUGGUCCAGUUUCAGAAAUUGAUAUUUGUUUUAUUCUUCCUGGUUUAAGGAAGAAUUAAACCUGAAACAGACAUUUUUAACAUAAGCCAAAAACGACUACCUUUCUUCUGUCCUUCCAGGUGCAAUCAG